AUGACUUCAAACCGGCCACCACCACCACCAUCACUCCUGUUUUUCAUAGAAGACAAUCCCACUACACAACAACUGAGGGAACAACACCAGCAAUCCUUUUUAAAUCCCAAACCAUCUGCAAGUCGUCCACCAAUACAAUGUGCUACUAAUUCAAGAUAUAAUCUGCACUCACUGUUGAGAUUUGAGACAAAUACUCGGUCAAAUCGUUCCUCUCCCUUGUUUACGCCAUCCCCCACUUUUGCCAACUAUAACAGUAAACCCAGCACCCCUACUACCAAUGGUGAUGACAAUAGUAAUAGUGACAUUGAGGAUAUAUUGAAGUUCCCUAUAGAGUCAUCUCACGCGUACUCAUAUGCUCAUUUAUCACCAAACUCUUUGGCAUUGAGAUUAAAUGUGUUGAAACGAUCUUUGGAGAUUCUAAAGGACCGUCCAGAACUAUUCAAAUCAUUGACAACUACUAACAGUGCAACAAAUAGUCCUGUCAAAUCUAGUGCCCCUGCUGGUGGUGCCAUAAACAUUGUAACUGAUGAAGCACCCCCACUUUUCCGAUCGGCUUCACACCCAAUAGAAAUCGAUAAUAAUGGGUCAACUGAAGAUUUAUCAUUGCAACCUCCACCAUUAAGAAAGGCAUUAUAUUCGCAUACUAAUCACAGUUCUGAUUAUAUACAUGACGUUUCAGGUUCUUCUUCUUUAUCUGCUCACGAGCACAAGAACUAUAAAUUGCGUUCCAAUGCCUCAUCAGCAGCAUUAGCUGCAUUGUUUAGGCCUACUAUGAAAAGGUCAGAUAGUUUGCCAUUGAAUAAUAAUAAUAGUAGUAGCAAUCCACUAACGGGACGCAGGGUUUCAACACCGCCAUUAGCACGCCAGUUACCAACCUCAAGAAAGGUUUCUUCAAAUAAAGAUAAAAACGAUGAUUUUAAAGACAUUAUAGAUUUAUUAGAGAACGAUUUGAGUGCAUUAUUAGAUAAUUCAGAGGUAGCAACCACAUUACAUGAUUUAUCAUUAUCUACCCCUGAUAAAUUAGACAGCUCAAAUUCUAAUCAUGAUAUAUUAAAGUAUAAAUUGUUGUAUGCAUUGGCAAUGCCAUUUAUAGAGAAUUCAGUUCAACCAACUUCACUAUUGGAGUAUGAUGGAAACAGUGACCCUUCUUUGAACUCCUCACAUGUACGUCCUUCAACUACUGCAUUGAACUUACUAAAUAACAACUAUGAUGAAUUACCCCCAAAAAAUAGCAUGAAAAACAGGUUUCCAAGCAACAACAACAACAACAAUAGUUUCAAAAGUAGUGGUGCAAGUCGACCCUUCCAUUCUUUGUUAACUACUAAACACGCACUUCCUCAAUCUGUAUUUACAGUGGAGAAAGAUUUACCUUUUUCAGUCAAAGCUGCAAAUGAUUUAGCGUGUUUAAUGUUUGGUGUACUGAAAAACACUAUUAAAGCAUUAACUUUGAUGGAUUUAAUUGCUCCACAGUUUCGUGAUUUUGUUUUAAAAAGAAUCACGGGAAUGCAAAUUAUGGAAAAUAAGAAAAAUCGUGACAAAAUUUUGUUUGCUGGUGAAAUUGUUGCCAUUGUCAGGCCAGGCGACCAAAACUAUUCGUGGACUUCCUUGUGGGCUAAACGCAAGGGAAAUUUGAUUAUAUGUAUGUUUGAUCAAAUACCUUGUGAUGCAUUUGAUGUGGUUAUACUGAGUGAAAAAGAUGUUAUCGAUUACAAAAUCGAUUCCAUUAAUGAAAUUGCUGGAAGUUUAAUUGAGGACUAUCGAAUUCAAAAUCUCAGCAAUUUAGAUAGUUUGAGUUAUUCUUUAAAUAAAGAAUUACUCGAGUUUCAUCAUAAUAACGAAAUGGAGCAAGGUGUAAGUGAUGAAACUGACCAUACAAACAAUACCAACAAUGGAAACAGUAGUAACAUUAAUCGUGACAGUUUUGAUAUUGAUGAUUAUUAUGACGAAGAUAUUGAGUUGAUUAAUCAAACCAGAUACUACACAUUACAAUUGGAAGAUGAAAAUAAUGUUCCAUGUGCAAUUACUUCUACCCCAUUAGAAUUUGAUCAAGAAAAACACGUGAUUAAGUUGAAAAUUCACACAAUGCCAUAUAUUGCUGGUAUUUUUGUUAUUGAUAGUGACGAAUGUCGGAUAUUAUCAUGUAACAAUGCUAUUGCUAGAAACUUAUUUGGUAAAUCAUUUGAUGAAUUAGAAAAUCAUAGUAUUGAUGAAUUAAUACCAAAUUUCACCAAAAUAUUACACGCUGGUAUCGAGGCCACCUCAAAUUAUGCAUAUCAGUUGUCACCAGGGUUGGUUUUACCCGAACAUUUUUUUAGAAAGUAUGAUGCCGUUAUUAAUAAGCAACAAAACCCUGAAAAUGACCAAGAAUCUGAGGAAACAAUAUUUUUUAAUUCAAAAGGUAUUGAGGCAAUACACCGUGAUGGGAAUGUGAUCUACGUCGAUGUUCAAGUUAGAGUCUCAACAAACAAUACAUUGGUGGUCUGGGUAACAUAUUCCAGAACCAACAAGAAUCGAACUAAUAUUUCUGAGGAAUUGGACAAGUUGAGCUCUGCAUCAACGUCAUCCUCGAUUUCAUUGGCUUCCAGCAAUAAAUCAGCUGUUUCGUUAUCUUCAAUUUCGAAACCUCGAACAUACUCCAGUGGGUUGCAACUUAGUGAUUUGAAACAGCAACAACAACAACAGCUUCAAUUUCUUGCCAAACCACCACAGCAUCAAUCAGUGACUCUGUUAGAGAACACUGGUAAUCAUGAACGAAAACCAACCACGGCAUCUACUGUUCCAUCACAAAUGAAAUUGUUUAAUAAUGAAAAGGAAAAUGAUUUGUUAGAAUUCUCACCUCGUGAGAUUACACGGGCGCUGAGUACAAGAAAACCCAAGAAAGAAACUUCAUUGGGUAUUCCCUUAGCCAGAUUGGAUAGUUAUAUAUAUGACAAGAAUGGUAGAGAACAACAAAAUCUGCAAAAAAAGGAAGAAAACAAACCAGCAAAAGAUCCUCGAGAUUCUUCAUCAGAGCCAACUUUAUCAUCUCCAUUGACUUUGUCCAAUCAAACUGAUGACCCCGUGAAGACGGAUUUUAAUAUAGUUUUAAAGUAUACCCAGGAAGAAAUAUUAGAGUUAGAAAAUGAGUCACUAGAACAAAUCAAGUGUCAAUCGUCACAUUGGCCCAAAGAUGUCGGAGGUCAAAGACGAACCAAAAAGUUUUCUGAGUUUAAAGUUGUUAAAGACAUGGGAGAAGGUGCUUACGGUAAGGUGGUAUUAGCUCAACAUAAACAAGACCCACUUUAUAAAAUUAUUAUUAAAUGUAUUAACAAGGAAAGAAUUUUGGUUGAUACUUGGGUACGAGAUCGGAAAUUAGGAACAAUACCUAGUGAAAUUCAAAUCAUGGCUUAUUUGAACAGUGAACCUCAUCCAAAUAUUAUGCGAAUUAUUGAUUUUUUUGAAGAUUCCAAAUACUAUUAUUUAGAAACCCCAAUUUUUGGUGAUCCACCAGCUAUUGAUUUAUUUGAUUUUAUUGAAAUAAAAAAAGAUUUGAGUGAAGAUGAAUCGAAAUUUAUUUUCAAACAAAUUGUUUCAUCGAUUUAUCAUUUACACAAAAAUGGAAUUGUUCAUCGAGAUAUCAAAGAUGAGAAUAUUAUCGUUGAUGAAAAGGGGGUAAUCAAAUUGAUUGAUUUUGGUUCAGCAGGAUAUGUUAAACAAGGUCCAUUUGAUGUGUUUGUUGGUACAAUUGAUUAUGCUUCACCCGAAGUUUUAGGUGGAGAAAAAUAUGAGGGGAAACCUCAAGAUAUUUGGGCAUUGGGAAUUUUAUUAUACACAAUGUUAUAUAAAGAAAACCCAUUUUAUAAUGUUGAUGAAAUUAUGGAAGGUGAUUUAAGAAUCCCAUAUGUUAUUAGUGACAUGAGUUUGAAUUUGAUUAAGAAAAUCUUGGUUCGUGAUGUUGAUAAAAGACCAACAAUUACUGACAUUAUGGAGGAUGAAUGGUUACAAAUAUAA